AUGCCAGACACACUCAAUGAUACCCUCCAAGUUCUGCCUGAGGAGCCAAGCUACCCAGGACACACCCAGGACCUGGGAGAGAUACACAGUAGAGUGCAACAAGUCGUCAUUACUGCUAUUUGCACAACUAAUCUUACUAUUGGUCUCCAGCACAUCCCCGCUGACUUGCAUGUGGUGGUAAAGACCGACAGUGCUGAAUGUCAGAUGGGCAACAAACCCGUACACGUAUAUGAGGCUGUUGUCAAAUGGACCAAGUCCAUACUUCUGUAUGUUGUCCUUAAUCUCAUCUUUUCUGUGCAGAUUGAGAAGCACUCUAGGCCGUUCAAGGAGAAGUCCUCCACGCAUUUGAGAUCUCCGUCGGAGAAUUACUGGAUCAUAGCGAAAAUUCAAGUGCUUACGUCCCUCAAUAUGGAUGCAUUAGCACUAAGGAUGGAUGCCAGACAUCAGCUUCUCGCACGGUACCAUGGGACGCAGAACAGUAGGGAUCUCGACCAAUCCAUAAACCACUUUGAAUACGUCUUGGAUAUCUGCCCCAUGGAUCAUCCCUGCCGCCUUGCAGCACUGUUCAAUCUAGCUACCAUACAGUUUAUGCCCUUGAUAGAUCAUCCCGACCAAACCGUCACCCAGUUCCACCUUGCCAUUGCUCUGCUUUCUCGCUCUGUAAAACAAGGAUUUCAAGCAGAUGCUGAUGCAGCUCAAGAGUUACUGAACAAAGUCCUCAAUGUCUGCCAUGCCAACAGCCACAUUUACAGAGCAGCUUUGAUUGCAGUCGAAACAUCCGCUCUGCAUUCUGCGGGAAGCAUUGGUGCAAAUGAUCUUGGGCAGGAGCAGCCCACCACAUCCAUGCUUCCAUUAUCACUGAAUCAACUUGCUCAUCAAACAGAGCUGUGUUUGCAGAGAGAUGAGCCCCCACCCUAG